UUUUAAACUUGACAAACUUUACACCAUGGUGGCACGGAGUAACUGCAAACAGUGUCACAAUAUCAGAUAUUGACCACGGAGUACCACUCCACUAAGCCGCUUUACAAAGUGCAUGGACACAUGUAGUAGGCCUUAAAUGUAGUUAUCAAUUACCCUCUUUAAAAUAACAUGAAAGUACUGCAUGGGGCUGUCUUUUACAAUCUGCCAAAGGGGUAAUCGAGUCCUGACCCACCUUAUCGAGAUGCAGUGCCGCGCAGCAGUAAAUCUGGAGCGGCUCCUUGGCGACUUCACCCACAUAGAGGAGACAAUUACAGAAGUCACAAAAAGGAAUAGCUUCCUGGAGGUUAAAUUAGAAGAAACCAGCCAAUUGAUUAAAUUAAGUAGGACCAAAGAAAAGUAUCUGAAGGAAGAGAGAGACAAACUGCUACACACAGCCACUGGUUUCCAGCAAUCGAUACAGCAGCAGUGUGACCUGAGGUGGGAGAAUGAGAGCCUGAGAAACACAAUUAUGCUGAUGGAGAGAGAGUUUCAGGCUAGGAUAGAGGAGGGUAAAGCUUGUGAAGCGAAGCUGGCUAAGGAUCUUCGUGAUCUGGAGGACCGCCACCAGGAGGGGCUGGAGGAAAUGCGGCGGGAAAUGCGGCACAGUGUCGAGAUGAAGGGGCUGGAGAUGAAAGCACUUGCAGAGCUGAAGGAUUCAGAGCUGGAGGAGAUGAGGCAGAAGAUAAAGGAGCAGGAAAGAGAGAGACAGAGCGAGCUUCUGAAAUUACAAAUGGAGUUCAGUGCCAGGAUGGCCCGGGUUCAGGCCUCCUGUCAGGGCCACAAGCAACUGCAAGUGACUCCGCCAGUGUCUAGAAGUGUCUUCCAACGUAAGCUGCAGUCUCUGCAGGAGGAGAAGAGCAGGGAGGUUGCAGCUCUCCACCAGCAGGUGGCAGCAUUGCAGCAGCAGCUAUUCAAGCAAACACACCAAUCAAAGAGAAAGAAGCUUUAGAUGAGGCUGGAGAACAUAGAAGAAGGUCCUUUGUACUUCAGGUUCUCAAAGCCCAGCAUAUUAUCAGAAAGUAAAGUGAACAAUCUAGUGGAGCUGCGGCAUCAAGUAAAUGUGCGUGAGAUCGACAUCCAUGAACAUCUUAAAACACAGUUUGUGAACCUUUGUCAUCACCCAGAGUCUUGGGACUUUAUCUCCAUUUACUGGCAGUCAUUGCUGACCUCAGUGGCUCUGAGAUCAGGCUCUUGGAUGUCACAUUCACAUAACAGUGUUAACUUCUGUUCUCUGUGCCUGUCCUACGUGGAGGAUAAAGGGAUUAAAGCCACCCACCCCCAUGCAACUAUCCAUUAUUAAUGUCUGAAGGGUUCCUCUGUUCAGUGGAUGACGGUAAGGGUUAGGGUCAUUGAAGCUCUCAUCUCAGAAUGGUUUUCUUUCUAACCUGAAGAGCAGCCAUAAACUCACUUUAAUGACUUCAGACAGAAGCAUCUAUCAAGCAAAGAAUGGUAAAAGCAGAAAAGUAUAAUAUCCUGCUCAGCAUCUAAAUAAUACCAGCAGUGAACCUGCCCAUAUGAGAUGGUUUUUCCCUUGAUCGAGGUUUCCUUUGUCUGCUAGUGAUGCCUGACUACAGAGGGAUGACCCUAAUUCAUCAUAUCUAUCAAUAAUAUGCACCUUCUCUAUGUCACAAAAAGUGACCUUUCAAUCUGCUGCUGCUAUCCACUUGAAAUAUCUGUAACUUUAAAUACGUGAUGGAUCCAAUGUGUUUUAUCAGAGACCUUCUGUGCUUCUUGGGUUUUCUUUGUAGAGGUUUCUUCUUGGUGUUGCUGAAGUGCAUCCUUCCCUCCAGUGGGAUUAGCGGACAGAGCAGGAAGGACCCACUGCCAGCCGCAAAUUCUAAAUAAAGUGCAUUAGUACGGAAUGUGUGCAUUGUUCACGUGCUUUUUAUUUCAGAAAGUUAUGAAGUGCAUGCCAAUGUUUGUGAUGUUUGGUUGUCUUGGAAUUUGAAGUUAAUACAAUUAACUAAUAAUAACAUAAUUAUCAUGUGAAAUAGGUUAACAAUCUGCCAUAGUUUUAUUUCUCAUAGAUACAUUUGUCAUUGCAUGACUCCAUAUAAAAUAAAAGGUAAAAACAG